AAGAGUGCAGAGAAGAGAAGAGAAGAGAAGAGGAGUGAAAAAGAGUGCAGAGAAGAGAAGAGGAGUGAAAAAGAGUGCAGAGAAGAGAAGAGAAGAGAAGAGAAGAGGAGUGAAAAAGAGUGCAGAGAAGAGAAGAGAAGAGAAGAGGAGUGCUGAGAAGAGAAGAGAAGAGAAGAGAAGAAGUGCUGCAGGUUCGGCUCACGCUGAAGUGAUUAAUUAUAAGGGAAAAUCUUCAUCAGGAGAGAAGUGUUGUGUCGCUCCCUGGGCGAAGGCUUUUCUCAGUGAGGAAGGGCGACAGCAGCGCUGGGUAGAGGCACCCAGAGGAGGAGGAGGAGAAGAAGAAGAAGUAAAAGAAGGAGCAGAAGGAGUGCAUGGCUGGGUGAGACGCGGAGAGCCCGGUCCGGCCUCAGCGCUACAUGGAGGAGUUCAGCCGCAGAUAAGCAUGGACGUGGUCGAUGAAACGGAGGCUUUACAGAGGUUCUUUGAAGGUCAUGAUAUUAACAGCUCUUUGGAGCCAACAAACAUCGACACCAGUAUCCUGGAGGAAUACAUCAGCAAAGAGGACGACAGCACAGAUAUCUGUUUUUCCGAAGUCCACAGCGGCCCAGGGCCUAACUACUCCUCCCCCCAGGCCGGAGCGUCCUCCUCUGGGGGGGUGGUGUGUGGCGUGAGCCCCCCUAUCUCCCAGCGCCAGGGCAGUACCCAGUCUGUACCCACAUCGUGCCAGAACCCCUAUCCCCCUCCACCCCCACUCGGUCUUCUCAGACACAGCCAUCCCUGCCAGAGCCACCACCAUCACCAGCCAGUCCCACAUCCCCACAUCAAACCUGAGCACUGUGCUCACUACGCAGCCGGAACAUUACCUGAGUCUCCACCAGACUCUAGCUCAGAGCCCUACUCCCCCCAGCAGGUGAAUGACUCACACAUGCUUCGGACCAUGACGCCUGAGAAUAUGUGUCACAUGACCACUCCGCCACCCCUGCCACCUCAUAGCCACUAUCCCAACUUACAUCGGGACAUGUACCUGAAACCCGAGCCUAUGAUUUCGCAGUACCCGAUUGGUCCAGCCAGCAGCGGGGGUGGUGAUCUGCAACAGGGUCAGAUGCUCCAUCAACUGCUACAGCAUCCACAAGGACAAGAUGGUAUACCUGUUCACCAAGCAAAGAAGAGAAAGCACUCAGAUUCUCCUAACAGCACUCUCAAUGCUCAGAUACUAAGCGGCAUUAUCAAGCAAGAACCAGGUUUGAUGCAGGAUGCUGAGAACUCGUAUUUGGACCCAAACUACCAAUGCAUAAAAUGGCAGCCACACCAACAGAACAAAUGGACUCCAUUGUAUGAUGCCAAUGGAAAAGAACUCCCGAUGCCCACAUACAGAGUGGAUGCCGACAAAGGUUUUAAUUUUUCUUUGGCUGACGAUGCGUUCGUGUGUCAGAAAAAGAACCACUUCCAGGUCACUGUGUACAUUGGCAUGUUGGGAGAUCCCAAAUAUGUGAAGACCAGCGAAGGGCUGCAACCAAUUGAAUGCUUCUACCUAAAACUUAAUGGAGUCAAGUUAGAAGCCAUGAACCAGACCAUCAAUGUGGAACAGUCUCAGUCUGACCGCAGCAAGAGGCCAUUUAAACCUGUACUGGUUACUUUGCCCCCAGAACAAGUAACCAAGGUAACAGUGGGUCGGCUGCAUUUCAGUGAGACUACAGCCAAUAAUAUGAGGAAGAAGGGCAAGCCAAACCCUGACCAGAGGUACUUCAUGUUGGUGGUGGCUCUCCAGGCUCAAUCACACAGUCAGAGCCAUACGGUGGCAGCUCAGGUGUCUGAGAGGAUCAUCGUCAGGGUAACCGCUGCGUCUAAUCCAGGUCAGUUUGAGAGUGACAGUGAGGUAUUGUGGCAAAGAGGUCAGUUGCCUGAUUCAGUGUACCACCAUGGCCGAGUGGGCAUCAACACUGAUCGACCUGAUGAAGCUCUGGUUGUCCAUGGCAACCUGAAGGUCAUGGGUUCCCUGGUACAUCCAUCUGACAUCCGCGCCAAGGAGAAUGUGAAAGAGGUGGACACCACAGACAACCUAAAACGAAUCUCUCAGAUGCGGCUGGUGCAUUACCAGUACAAGCCUGAGUUUGCUGCCACUGUGGGCAUUGAGAACACUGCAGAGACUGGAGUCAUAGCCCAGGAGGUCCAGCAGAUCCUUCCAGAAGCUGUGAAAGAUGGCGGAGAUGUAGUUUGUGCCAACGGAGAGACCAUUCCUAAUUUACUGGUAGUCAACAAGGAUCGCAUUUUUAUGGAGAAUGUCGGAGCAGUGAAAGAGUUGUGUAAACUGACCGAUAAUCUGGAAACUCGAAUCAAUGAGCUUGAACGGUGGAGUCGCAAACUUGCAAAACUACGACGCCUUGACAGCAUGAAGAGUACUGUCAGUGGGGGUACAAUUAGCCUAACAGGAAGUUACUUUAGCAGAACAGGAAGUGGUCCACUUAAGAAAAAAGCAGCCAAAACAGGAAAUAAGAGUGCAGUUCCAGAGCAGGGCUGUUUGAGUCACAGGUUCCUGCAGGGUACCAUACUGGCCCUGGUCAUCAUCAUGGCCUUCAGCGUCAUCUCAAUGUCCAUACUGUAUGUGCUAAACAUGCAUCAGCACAGCACCAUGGCUGAGGCGGAGAGUGCUAUGUCCUCCUGUGUUUUCUCCAUCUCCUGGAUGCGCUUCUUCACUGCCACUGUCACUUUCUGUCCAUCCAUGUGUUUAUGGACUCACUCUGCUCUUGGCUCAUCUAGUAAAGCAGUUUAUUCACCCCCCAUCUCUACAAUCUCUUCAGACGUAGGCACCACCACUUCAACUGUGCCUAAUCAUUUCAUCUGCUGCCCUCCAACACCUGCCGUGAACAACCAAUCAGCGACUGUCAGCCUGCAGCCAAGCACCAACCAAUCCAUGUCAGACUCCAGUAGUCCUGCUCCCACCAUGGUCAGUAUAAAUAGGAAGGCAAAGUCUCGUGGGCUGGAUAAAGACAGCAGGAGUAGAAACAGGCUGAGUCACACUUCAUCCCCUCUCUCCCUCAGCAAGUCCAAGAAAAUCCCUCUACCCUCAGAUAUGGACACGGGAGGCAACAGUAACCGUCUGCCCGGGCCACGCAGGCAACGCAGCACACACACUCAGGUUGGACAUUUCCUGCCAUCCCUAAAUGAACUUUACAUUGUCGAAACUAAUCAGGAAUUGAAGACACUGAACUGUGCCUCAUCACACAGUUGCAGCUACACUUUAUUUCUGCACGGGAGUCAAAAUUCAUCUAUGAAUCACAUCACUCUACAUAUGAGGUUCUCUGAAAUUGUGUGGGUGCGGCAGUGUAGUGUCACUAGAGGGCGUCUUUGCCCAAACCACACAGAGACUGAUUUUUCUGUAAGCAAAGGUGCCUUCACAAAGGGGACCAGUCACCUGUGGUCCGUUCCACUGGCAUCAGUCCAACAUGUCGCCUACCAUUUCCGGGUUUCCAUCUAUGGUGAGAUGGACUGCUCUGGGUCUGAAGAACAGAAGAUGCAGGACACUACCCCAUUCACUGAUUACUAUUUUCUCAUCCAAAGCAGAUGCACUUAAAGGGGAGUGUCUAAAACACCAAAUACUGGUUUUCUCCCAUACACCCUUUGAACCAUUUUCAUGACUGCUAUUUUCAUUUGCGAAUUUGUAGCAUGGGAACUUCUCUUCAGGAAGUGUUUUACAAUAACAGAAUGUGAUAGAAACUCCACUGUCAAAACAAAUAUGCUCUUUUACCUCUAAGAAAUAUCUGACUCCAUGACAGGAUUACCCCUGCCCCACUGACACUGCAUACACUAAUAAUUAAAAAAAAAAAAAGUACUAUACUACUUUCCUUGUCCCAAGGGUACAUCUUUUGAACCUUUAGUGUGUAUCAUUCACCUGAUAAUGUGAAUAUGAUUACCUUUAAACAUGUUUUAUGUUACAGAAUUAAAGACCACUAUUGUAUCUUUAAGAAUAAAAACUAUAAAAGAUUACAUGCAUCAUCCCAGGUAUGAGAUACAUACUAGAUGAACAAAAGAUGUGUACCCCAUUGACAAUGAAAAGUUUGGUUGAAUACCUUCUUUGCUUAGAGUGCAAAUCUUUGUAUAAUACGCUCCCGGGAAAAAAAAAAAAAGGGCCAAGCCCAAAAUGGCAAAAUAUUAAGCUUUUAAUGGUCUUAACAAUAAAUCAUUGGUCAGGAAAUUAGGAGGUCUGUUUAUUUGCUUAUUGACUAAUCUUUUAAGAAAAAAAACAUCCCAGAAGAUAUUUUUGGAAAAUUUUGUAUGCCCAGACAUGUGUUAGUUUGAAUUUUUCAUAAAAAGAUUUAAUCAUUAUCAUGAUUUUACCUUUGCGUACAAUAAGACUAUAUAAGUGAAUUUCCCUGUUUCUAGCUUUUCCCCAAACAAACAGUUCACUGCAGCAAAAGGAAACCAGCAAAUGGAGGCACAGGAGCUCUCAGGAGUGCAUUUGUUUCAUUCUUGCUCAUUUUCUUGUUAGGACAUUGGCUUGUCAACAUGGGCUUGGCUUGGGCUGGUUUUUUUUUUGCCCAGGAGGGUAUGCUCAUGAUUUGCACUCCUAUCUUAACUGUAAGUCCAUACAACGUAGAAGAAAAUCACACUGGAUGAUUUUUUAAUCAUGAUUUAACUCUGUAUUUGGAAUGCGAUACUCACCAUCUCAAAAGGUAUAUUUCUUUUUUGUGUGUGUGAUGCUUGUGUUUGAUACAUUGCAGUCAGUGACUUGGUACAAUUCUUGUUAAAGAAACGAAAUUAGGUACAAUAUAUAUAUAUCGAAAAUAUCAUAAGGUGAAAGCAUCACGUGGUACCAUAUCUAGAUCUUGAAGAUGUCAGUCUCUGAGCCGCUGAAGCCAUACUAUUAUAGUAUAGAAUGAAUCACUGGACCUUAAAGGAAAUCACUGGAUUUAAUAAAAAACUGGAACACACUGGAACAAGCCCACUCAAUGUCUACUGUCUCAGAAACACUGGAUUAUAAUGGUAUAUGGUUUAAUUAUGACAUAGUUAUUUCUUUGUUAAAAGAAAGGAACAUAUUUCCUUCAUUUUCUAAAAAAAAAUGCAACUGUGUUCAAAUGGGUAAAUUAAAUAGUUGUCAAUAUAAUUGUAAAAAUUGUUUUUUUUUCAUUGUUUUACUACUUGUAAGUGUUAUUACUUUCUUUAGAUUUCUCAUCCAUUUAUAAACACAUUUGUGGAUGUAACCACCUUUUCCUGACUUUCUGUUUAAUUUUUUUUCAAUCCCUUUAUCAUUUUAGCAACUUUCCAUUCCAAACUUGUGUUUUUCUGAAAAAAAAAAAAAAAAAAUCGUGCAU